CAGAUAGCUGAGAACAUUCUGAAACUACAGACCUUGCCCCCAGGGAGAGGUGUGGGCCAUGUCCUUUGGGGGCCCGAGAUUUUCGAGAGAAACAAUGUGCAGACUUUGACAAUAUGCCUUUCCGUGGAAAGUAUUAUAACUGGAAACCCUAUACUGGAGGUGGGGUAAAACCUUGUGCAUUAAACUGCUUGGCUGAAGGUUACAACUUCUACACUGAACGUGCCCCUGCAGUGAUUGAUGGGACUCAGUGCAAUGCUGAUUCACUGGAUAUCUGUAUCAAUGGGGAAUGCAAGCAUGUAGGUUGUGAUAAUAUUUUGGGAUCCGAUGCUAGGGAAGAUAGAUGUCGUGUCUGUGGAGGGGAUGGAAGCACAUGUGAUGCCAUUGAAGGGUUCUUCAAUGAUUCGUUGCCCAGAGGAGGCUACAUGGAAGUAGUGCAGAUACCAAGAGGCUCUGUCCAUAUUGAAGUCAGAGAAGUUGCCAUGUCGAAGAACUAUAUUG